AAAACGAUUACGGAGAGAAAAGCCGUUGGUUGAUGGUUGGGCGUGAAAUGGCAGGGAAUAUGCUACCGGGAAUACGAAGGGUGGUUGGAAGAAGUGGUUGUGACGGUUAUAGAGGGUGGAGUAGAUGCUUGAGCUCUAACAUAGAGUCAGACGCAUUGGUGGAAGUGAAGCCAGGGGAGGUUGGAAUGAUAUCCGGUAUUCCAGAACAACAUCUAAGGAGAAGGGUCGUCAUUUAUUCCCCUGCAAGGACCGCAUCCCAGCAAGGCUCAGGCAAAGUUGGAAAAUGGAAAAUGGAUUUCUUAUCUACGCAAAAGUGGGAAAAUCCGUUGAUGGGUUGGACUUCAACCGGUGAUCCUUACUCUUAUGUCGGUGAGGCAGCUCUCAGCUUUGAUAGCGAAGCUGCUGCCAGGGCUUUUGCUGAAAAACACGGUUGGGACUAUACGGUUAAAAAACGUCACACUCCCCUUUUAAAGCCUAAAUCUUACGCAGAUAACUUCAAAUGGAAGGGACCAGACAAAACUGACGAUGGGCAUGCUUAUUAGCCUCUUUCACACGAUUACACGAGUAUCUGUUAUGUUAUUGUUACAUAGUAAAUAGGUUGGGUAAUUAGUGAUGUCCAAUAAUAUAGCACACGGCCAUGUAAACAAAAACAUUAAACUCACAGUUUAUACAGAUACAUAUACGGAUAUACCGUAUGAGGAGCUCUAGUUAAUACUAAAUUUCAUUUGAAGCGUUACAAGUUGGGAGAGUCAGACUUGUGUGGCAGCUCCAACUGAAAAGAUAUUCCCCCCAUGCAGCAUUAAAAAUUUAAGCUUUCUA